AAGUUUUUUGCUAUCAUUUUUUUCCCAAGCAUGACUUAAGUCACUUGAUGGAUAUUAAGUUCAUUUUAUGAUUCUAUUUCAGAAUGUAUCAAAUGAAUGGGCGAAAACGAUCUUAAGUGAUGCUGAAAACUUUACAGAAGAGAGAGUGGAUGAAGUAUUGAACAAAUAUCUGAAAGAUUUUAAAGAGGGAUCACUAAAAGCUCAAGGAUGGCCUGCUUUUAUGUCUGCCUAUACACUCUCCAAAGCUGCCAUGAAUGCCUAUACAAGGAUUUUGGCUAAGAAACACCCUAGUUUCUGCAUUCAUUGUGUUUGUCCUGGCUUUGUCAAAACUGAUAUAAACUAUAAUACUGGAGUCUUGACUGUUGAGGAAGGUGCUCAAGGUCCUGUGAGAUUGGCAUUGCUGCCAAAUGGUGCCCCUUCUGGUCUCUUCUUCAAUCGAUUGGAAGAAUCAGAGUUUUGAUCAGAUUGUGGGAAAGUAUAUGCAAUUUCCUCUGUACUGCUUUAUGAUUGUCUUAGAAUCUCAAACAAGUAAAAGCAUGUUUGAACAAAUGUUUAACUAUAAACGUUGUUUGCAAGU